AUGGCUGCGCCCGCUUUCCUUCCGCAGUCCCAACCGUUUCGCUCGAAUGGUUUAUCUUCGCAAUCGCCAUUCCCGCUCAGCCCAUUCGAUCGCGACCCGGCUUCCAAGCCCGUCGGCACCCCGUACGCGACUACGCCAGCGCCCGUGGCGUCAGUCCUGAUCCGUCGCUUGCCCGUCGAUACCACGGAGGAGAAGUUGCGAUUGAUGGUCGUGUUUUCUCAAGAAUUGGUUGACGUGGAAAUGUUAUCACCAGACCACACCGAAGAUCCGGGAUUUCGAUCGGCGGUGUUGAAAUUCAAGACGGCAGCCGGGGCACAGCAGGCCAAGGAAAUGUUGCAUGGCAAGUCUAUCUCGAAAGAUGCUGAGAUGAUCGUGGAAAUUCUAUCCGGCAGUCCCACCUCGUCUAGGCGAUAUCCCAUCGAGUCACCAGUGCCGACUUCAAACCCUGUGGCAACGUCACAGCCGUCCCGUUUCAACGGCACAUUUCAAUCUAUGGAAAAGAUCUCGCCCCCAAUGAAUGGGGUCUACGGAGGAAACGAGCUGCCCAACCCCGAGUCUAGUGCCCACUACCACAGUCUGUUUUCUCCGCAAUCGCCCAUUGGUCACCACCUGACGGAGCGGACGCGAAUUUCUGGCAAAACUUUGAUUAGCCAUGACACCGCUGAGGAUGACGAGACGGGCGAGCUCCUCAAGGACCCCGUUGCUUAUGCUGAGAAUGGCCCCAAUCCGCAUCGCAGAGCUACAGCUCCUCACCUUCCCAUCUCGCGGAUGGCUAGCCUGUCCCUAAAUACGUCUUCGGCAGGAUCCGCAUCUGCGCCACAAUACGGUCAUCCGGCCAUGACACCCAUCUCGGCGCAUGGAAACACCAUGUCGCCAACUACGAUGACCAGCAGCAACCAUUCGAUGAAUUAUCAGAUCGGCAGUCAGCACUUCCAGCGCCACAACUUCCCGCCGGUGAACCCGGCGGAUCAGAACCCACCGUGCAAUACACUCUACGUUGGCAAUCUGCCGAUCGACACGUCGGAAGAGGAGCUCAAGGCCAUGUUCUCGAAGCAGCGAGGGUACAAGCGACUUUGCUUCCGUACCAAGCAAAAUGGGCCCAUGUGUUUCGUCGAGUUCGAAGACGUGUCGUUUGCGACGAAGGCGUUGCAUGAGCUUUAUGGACAUCCUCUUCACAACAGUGUGAAGGGUGGCAUUCGGUUGAGUUUCUCCAAGAAUCCGCUUGGUGUCCGCUCGGGCCAGACGCCGGGCCAGACUGGCACUGUUUCCAUGGCAGGCAUAAACAGCGUCAUGGCAGGAUCUGGAAACGGCUUUACGACCGCUAACGGCCCACCUCCUGGUCUGGCCGCUCCCCCCGGUCUGAACCGCAUGACGUACAACGGUGUCUCUCCGAUGUCGAGCGGUACCAGCACGCCCUAUGCAACGACGAAUUACUCGAGUCCUUCUAGCAGUACAUGGGGUAGUUCGCUCUACAACGGGGGGCCCCUAUCGGCCGGCGGCUCUUCCUCGAUGAUGUCCAGCUCAUCGUCUGCAUAUCCUCCGUCCUAUAUGAUGGGCAGGUAA